AUGUGCCUGUUCAACGCAUACCUGUAUGUCCUUUGUGGCCACAUCGAUUAUGACAUCUCACUACGCUGUAUCCAAUUUCAGCGAGACAGUCUCACGUAUUUACCCUUGAAUUUCCAUGACGACUGUACGCCUCAACAUCCAGAGCCUGAGAACGAGGUGACUGGCAACCUUGAUCAAUUCAUCAUCGUCUUACCCGACGAAACCGGUCCAACUGCGAGAUGGGCCAGCGAUACGAUUGAGGACUAUGGUGAAGAAGAGGCUAGUUUUCAAAGCGAAAAGGCCAAGGACAACAAACCUAUCAUAAGUGGUUUGUGUGGCGCAUGCACCACUGCCGCACAAGAGUUGAUCGAGAUGUAUCAGACUCACCCCUUUUUCGGUCUCGCUGAGGAGAUGGUUCUAGACGAUGCCACUGCCAUUACUACUGUUGCUGUUGAUGGCUACGACGACAAAGACCAGGACACCGAGUUCCAUGGGGAUUAUAACGAUGAAGCCGAGAAACUGUUUUAUCAGAGACAGAGAUAUCUCCAACUCCAAGCUAACCGUCCAAUGGAAGGAGUCUUGUUCGACGACUUGGGCUUCCCUCUCGAUAACAACAAAAGCAACAACAAAAAUACUGGAAUGACAGCUCAGCAGCGAUUCGCUGCACAGGUUGAUAUGCAUAAUGCCUGGGCAAAGGGCUGCGCUGUUUCUUCCAAUGAUUGCUAUACUAAUCCUCUCAUCACUCAUGAUGGCUCACCUGUCAGCGACGACAUUGUCAUGUGUAACGAAAAGAACUUUGUCAAGAAUUUCGAUCUACUCGACGAUCCAUUUGCUGUCCAUGGUGACAAGUCUCUUGGAAAGCCUGGGAGACACAACGACUUUCUCACAAAUGUCAUGCGUGUAAUGGACGACGACAACAACGACAACGACGACAACGACGACAACGACAACGGCAGCAGCAAUACAGUCCAGCUUACUCGUACUCUGUUGAAUCGCACUCGCACAGCCACUCUCGUUAUCAGACCCAAGAAGAAACUGACGUCGGAAAACAAGAAGAGGAAAAGAAGUGUCACGUUUGAUCUCUCGUCUUCAACAAAAUCCCCCGCUGCCCCUUCUGACGAGUUGCAUCACCAAGACAAGAAGAGGAAGAUUAGCAUGGUACCAGAUGGCUGUCGUUAUUCACUCAGGUCGCGGUCAGACGCUUCCCUGGCAAAUGGACUAUGA